CUCCGGUACACGUGCAUCCAGGGAAGGUCACGUGGCGGAACCAAACCCUCCCGGGGCCUCUGGAGAAGGGAGAGAAUCGCGGAGAUGGUGGCGGCCAAGCGGGCCUUGCCGCGGUUGGUGGCUUCGCUGCGGCCGCUCAGCUCAACAGCAGCUGCUGGCACACUACCCAAGCAUGUGAAAAUAGUUGAGGUGGGCCCAAGAGAUGGCUUGCAGAAUGAAAAGAACAUCGUCCCCACCCAGGUGAAAAUUGAUUUAAUUAACAUGCUGUCGGAAACGGGUCUUUCGGUCAUAGAAGCUACCAGUUUUGUGUCUCCCAAAUGGAUUCCUCAGAUGGCUGACCAUACUGAAGUCAUGCAAGGGAUUCGGAAGGUUCCUGGAAUCAGCUAUCCUGUUCUGACCCCCAACCUCAAAGGCUUUCAAACAGCGGUAGCCGCAGGAGCCCAGGAAGUGUCAAUCUUUGGGGCAGCCUCGGAGCUUUUCACAAAGAAGAACAUCAACUGUUCCAUAGAGGAGAGUCUGAACAGAUUUACUGAUGUCCUGAGCGCAGCUAAAGAAGCCAGCAUCCCGGUCCGAGGAUAUGUCUCCUGCGUCCUUGGAUGCCCAUACGAAGGCAAGAUUGCUCCUGCGAAAGUAGCAGACGUUUCAAAGAAAAUGUAUGCAAUGGGAUGCUACGAGAUUUCCCUCGGUGAUACCAUCGGCAUUGGGACUCCCGGCAACAUGAAGGAGAUGCUUUCUGCAGUCAUGAAGGAGGUGCCUGUUGGAGCACUUGCUGUUCAUUGCCAUGAUACGUAUGGGCAGGCACUCGCCAACACACUGGUGGCCCUUCAGAUGGGUGUGAGUGUGGUUGAUUCCUCAGUCGCUGGUCUUGGAGGCUGCCCCUAUGCACAAGGAGCAUCUGGGAAUGUGGCAACGGAAGACAUGGUGUAUAUGCUCAAUGGUCUUGGCAUCCACACAGGUGUGGACCUUCCGAAGCUUCUCGGAGCAGGCACGUUUAUUUCCAAGGUGCUGAACAGGAGGACCAGUUCGAAAGUGGCCCAGGCCUCCUGCAAACUGUGAAGCGGGGCGGUGCCUUUAUGGGACCUGUUGGGGGCAAAACUGCAGUGGCACCGUAGAAUCCCACAUGUUUGGGCUUGCUCUCGUGACUUUAUUUAAGCACUCUCCGGUGGUCUCAGAACUCAGUGACGGGAUGAUGAGUCAACCAAAUUUUAUCAUGAGAAAAGAGACAUUAAAUGUAGACUAAAGCACUGUUAUUUGCACCUA